AAAUCGGGGGGGAAGCCCCUAUAUCUUCGGUAUGUCCGGCUGAAUAGAAAGCUUGGAACCAGAGACAUUCGAUAAGAUUUCUUGUAUUCCACAUCGCAUCAUGAACACUGCAGCUAAGACUGAAAGUUAUAAGUGUGCCAUAUCUUCAGGCGUGAUCAGCUUAUUACUUUUGGUAAGCCAGUGGUCAAAGCUCAAAGAAAGUGCCUACAACAAGGUGGAUGUAAUUCUACUACUGCUGUGUGGAAUUCAUGACAUUUCUGAACAUAAGGAACUCUCCCUGGAAAGUAUUAAGCAAAGGCUUCGUACCAUUGAUGUUCAUCUUGAAAAAGUAUAUUUAAACCGCACUUAUGAAGUUGCCGGUGACUUAUGCGAAUUUAUGAGCUUGUUUGAUUUACUCAUCCAACAAUUAGAGGGUAAUGACGAUAGCUCAUCAGGAUUACUUGACAGAGACCUCAAAAACAGUGUGUUAGGUGUAUUUGUUCGACGCAGUGUUCAAGAGUAUCAAAGGCUAUCAUUUUGCCAACUUUGUCGUGUUCAUAAACGGUGGGCUUCAUCCCUAUAUACCUCAGGUGUAGGCUUCAAAAGUGGGACUAAAGUUGAUUUUUCCUACGUUUUAGGAAAACAAAAUGUAAUGGUAGUUGAGAGUGCUUUGGUUGGUGGUGACGUAAAAGUUAACGGCAAUAGGCUACUGGAAGUUGAAGCAUUGGAACUGGCUCAGAUGCAUGGAAACUUUGGACACAAGGAAGAAGGCAUCUUUGCACUGCAAGAAUCAAUUCGAAUGGCCCAUCAAAAGAACACCUCUGUCCUUUUGGAGUAUGCUCUGGGAUGGUUGCUCAAUUUGCAGCCCAUGGAAAUAGAUGAUACUCUAUCUAUUCUAGAUCGUUUUCUAAAGAAUGCAAGGAAUCUUAAACUGCCGGUGCUAGGCAUGUGGGGUCGGCUUCAAGAAAUCAAGACAUUAGUGCUUAGUGGCCAAUUGAAAAGUGCGGUGGAAAUGCUGACAUUAUGUGAAUCAGAUUUCUCUGAUGUGUAUACUGGGAACACUCAAAAGCUCUCUCAGAGAAGUUUGCUAUUGGCUCUGCAUAUAUCAACUAUGGAUACUUGUGGACAAAGGUUGGCAAGUUUGUUCUACUCGCAAUUAUUGUAUGAAGUACCUGAGGACUACAACACUGUGUCAUAUUAUCAAGGAAUGGAUGAAGCAUUUGCGGUCUCCACCUCCUCCGUUGCACGAUAUUUAUUCAAGAAUGGAAAGUAUGGUAGAAGUAUGAAGCUGUUAGUAACUGCCAGAGACAUUUUGGCAUCAUCACCUCAGUCUCAGAAGGUAUUGAGCGAUUGUAUGGAGGAAAUAGGUUUCGAUCAGGCAGUUCAUCUGGGUCAGUUUGCUGUUGCGAGGCAACAUCUUUCUAAUAUCCAUUUGUUUGCUGAAAACAGUGCCAAGUACAGGGCGGCUCUGUUGUUUGCUAGGGAAGGAAUCCUUCAAGAUACAGUGCAAGUGAUUGUGGAAAGAAAGUGCAAGAAUCUUCAGAAUUGGCUGUUGUUAGCAGAGGUCUUCUUUAUUGAAAGUCCACCUUCGGCAUUGGCUUGUGUUGUGGAUUGUACGAGCUACUGUGAAGGCAAUCAUUUGGAAACACAUCUUAUUAAACUACUCCUUGGCCAGCUACAGCUACUAUUGGGAUCACCCAAGGCGUGCGUUGAUCAUGUGGAUGGCUGUCUCUUACAUUUUUACGCUCAAGGUUAUACUGGAGCUAUUGCUAAAGCUCUUGUUUUGAAAGGCCAGGCUGAAUUACUAUUGAAAAGACUAAAUUGUAAAUCUACAGGUGUUUGCAAGAUUCUCUCUAGCCUUCAAGUUUCAGCUCAUCUGUAUCAGGCCUGUUCUCGACAUUCUGAAUCACAGCAAGUCCAGGUGUUGGAAAAAUUGUAUCGUAACUUGUAAUAAUUGUAACUUAGUAUUUUAAUUUUAACUUUUAGAUAUUAUAUUGUAUGUAUAUUAUUAUAAUUAUGAGA